GGCUUUGCCGUGAUCUGGACUGAGGCGGAUGAGACCAGAAACCUUUGUUCCGUUUUUGCUCCCAACGCGAGACUUAAAAAAACAAACCGUUUCCGCAAAAAAAACAAAAAAAAAACCGCACUCACAUCCAGCGGGUUUACGAUCGACGGUCGCUUCCUGUGUUUUUACUAACACAGAAACGAGCAGAUUUUAAUGAAUAGGAUCCACAUUUUUGUUUUGUCGAGGUCGCUACAGACGGAGGGCGACGUCGGUUCGGGGUUUUUUCGUCCUCCCUGUUUGCUGCUAAAUGGAAAUAAACCAAGGGAGUGAAAGUGGAAGCAGACGAGGUGAUGAUCUUCCCGUCCGUUACCUGCGCCUACUGGCUCCGCCCCUGCAGCUGUUGUCGGCUGCAGUGUGGCAGGUCGUGCAACAGGGACUUGUGAAUCACUAUGGGAUGCUGGAGGAGUUUGUCACCAUGGUGACGGAGCUGGUCCCCGAGCUGAUGUGCUACAGUCAGAGGGCUCAGCUCAUCCUGGGACUCAGAGCCAGGCUGGUUCUGGAGAUGUGUCGAGGUGAGAGCCAAGUGGACAUGCAGACCAUUCAGCCACACCUGGACAGAAUUAAAGCUCCGGUCAGCACUGCCAAGGAUCACUAUGUGACCAUAAACCAGGUGGAGGAGUCUGAGGUGAACUUUGUGGAGCUGGUGCAUUCGCUCUUGGAGGAUCCGUCGGAGAGAAAGUAUUUUUUCGAGGAAAUCUUCCCCGUGUAUUUUGGGCCAAAGUUUGACGCAGCGCUUGAGAUGCUGGUGUGGGAGUUCAUAUCGAGACUGGAUGAGCUGCUGCCGGUUCCAGACUUCACACAGUUGACAGCUUUAGUCGGAGACGCUCCGUUAUUCCUCGACGAAUGUCUACAAUCGUUUUACCCACGAGAGGACAUGAAGGUCGUCCUGGAACACCACAGAAACCUGGGUCAUUUUGAAGAGAAAGAUCCCAGAUUUUUACCGAUGGACGACUGCAUCCUCUCCUCUCUGUCGCUACCUCCUGGGACCAAACCCAUCACAAGCCUGCCUGAUCCCAAAGCCUCAACUUCUCCAGAGAGCAAAGGAAGUGCCGGGGGUCCCAUCAGCACGGGCAACCUGGAGAGGGCUUACAUGAGGAGCCUGGAGACAAUCAGACAGAGACUCAAGGAGACGAACGACACUGGUGGUUGGCAGCUGCAGGUCAGAGGCGGGAAGGAGAGGAAAGGGCAGAGCGCAAGUGGCGCACAACCAUGUGACGAAACCAUAGACCUCACAACGCCGACUGAGAUCGGAGACUCGGAAUCGACAGCCAACGGGGACAGCCACAGCUUGAGAGGAGCGCGGCUCUUCAGGAAGAGGAAGCUGAGCGACGACACAGACGUUCCCGCCAAGCAGUCAGCGGAGAUGUCGUCUUUAUCUUUCAUGGAUUCCUCACUGGAUGAUGAGAAUUCCGGUGAAUCUCCUCUAAUCUCAAUACUGGGAGAAUAUACAGAUCCUCCGGAAGGUUCUUUCCCUGUGACAAUAGAUACAAAGGUUCCCUGGUCGGAAGAGGAGACGCUCCAACUGCUCGACAUCUGGGGGAAGGACUCGGUGCAGCGGGCUUUAAAGGGCUGCUUCAAAAACCGGCACAUAUUCACACAAAUCGCUCAGAAGAUGGCGGAGAGGGGCUACAUGAGGACAGUGGAGCAGUGUCAGACGAGGAUCAAACGUCUGAAGAAGUGUCUCCGCCAGAAUAGAGGGAACUCAAAGCUGGAGGGUAAAUCUUACGAGAGGCUAGAGAGCAUCCUCAGCUCCUCUGUUUCUUCGGCGGUUCCUGAAGUCACCUACGAUGUGGAGGAAGUGGGCGAUGAAGAUGACGGCGAUGACGAGUUGCAGUUUUUGGGGCACACGAGCCAACCAGAAAUAGGAACCAGAAGUGUUCCGUGGUCUGACUUGGAGACGCUGACCCUCAUCAACAUGUGGGGUGAAGACAAGAUGCAGCAGGACCUGAGGGGGAUGCACAGAACCGGACACAUAUUUUCCAUCAUAUCCAACAAGAUGGCCACCCAGGGCUUCUCCCGGACACCGGAGCAAUGCCAAACACGGCUAAAAAGACUGAAGUCGAACUUCAGACAGUGCUACCAAAACAACUUGAAGGGACAGGGACACGUCGAGUGCAAGUUCUACAAUGAGCUGGGAAGAAUUUUAGUGAAGGACUUCAGUCCGGCGCCACAGUUCCAUGACAUACUAGGAGAGCAGGAAGACUUCGAUUUGCCUGCUUUCUCCCAACAGGAGACUGCAUCUGUUGUGGGAUUUCUAGAGGACAGGAAGAAAGUCCCUUGGUCCGACAAGGAGACGAUCAUCCUUCUGGAGUUAUGGGGAGACCCACAGGUCCAGAAGAACCUGAAACGCUACCCACAUGUCGGUCAUAUUUUUGCCCGAAUAUCCGAGAAACUCGCCGAAAACGGCUACUCCCGCAGCGCAGAGCAGUGCCACACGAGGAUCAAGCGGCUGAAGGCCAACUAUCGCCAGUGUCAGGAGAACAUGAGCUCAAGUGGGACGGUCGAUUUUAAAUUCUACGACCUGCUGGAACAAAUCCUGGAUAAGCAGCCGUCGACGUCCUCCACCGUGUUAACGGACUCUAUUGAAAUAUCUGAAGACUCCAAUGGAGAAUCCGUGACAGAGACAGAUGGCGAAAUUGGCAUGUCAACAGAAAAACCAGCAUCUAGCACAUGGUCAGACGAGGAGACCCUGGCACUUAUCGAUAUCUGGGGCGAGGAAGACGUCCAGAGGGCACUGAAGGGAUUCAUCCACAACGGCCACGUUUACGCCGAGAUUUCGGAGCGAAUGCAGGAUCUGGGCUUCACAAAGACCUCGGAGCAGUGUCGCUGUAAAGUCAAGGCCUUGAGGAACAACUUUCGACAGUGCUACGACAAAAAGAAGCGUGGGAAAAAGGUAUAUUAUAGAUUCUACAACAAGUUGGAAGAAUUCCUGGGACAGGAAGCAGCUUCUAUGGAUGAGUACGAUGAAGGGGACGAACCAGCUGACCCGGACCCAGCAGGUGUGGACGGCGGGAACGCGGUGUGGACGGAGAAGGAGACGGCCGCUCUCAUUGAAGUGUGGGCGGCCGAUGACGUGCAGCACAGCCUGAAGACCUGUAUCCGCAACGGGCACAUAUUUGCCGACAUAGCUGUGAAAAUGACCGCGCUGGGAUACGCGAGGACGUCGGAUCAGUGCCACUCCCGGAUCAAGAGGCUGAAGAAGACGUACAGGCGUCACUGCAACAGCCGCAGAAAGGGAGGACAGCCGGCAUUGUUUCGAUACUACCGCCUUCUGGCACCGGUGCUUGGUGACAUCUCCGCGUGUGUGGAUGUGGACAUCGAUACCGCUGCUGACGACUUACAGCCAUUUGUGGACACGGAUGUUUUUGACUUGUUCGAGCAGCCCUCAACCAGCCACACGCUGGCCGACAUGAGCAGGAAGAUGGCCUGGUCGGACCAGGAGACUCGCACGCUGCUGGAGCUGUGGGGCGAGGACGGCGUCCAGGUCACGCUGAGAGGCUGCCUGCAGAACAGACACGUGUUCGAGUACAUCUCCGAGAAGAUGGCCGACCACGGGUUCAUCCGGACCUCGGAGCAGUGCUACACGCGCAUAAAGCGCCUCAAACACGGCUUCCUCCACGAGAAGAAGGACUUUAAGUUCUUUAAUGAGAUGGAGGAAAUCUUCAAAAAGGAGUUGAAAGUCGACGACUCAGCCGCCGAAAUACCUACUCUAGAGGAGCCGGAGGACCUUGUGCCUGAAGUGACACAGAAGAAAGCCUCCUCCAGUAACCAGUGGGUGGCCGACAGCACGAAGCUGCCCUGGAGCGACAGUGAGACCAAGGCCCUGCUGGACAUCUGGGGGAGCGAGGAGACCCAGGAGAACCUGAAGGGCUGCACGAAGAACAAACACAUCUUCAUCCAGAUCUCUCAGGUCAUGGCCAGCCAAGGCUACACGCGCAGUCCGGAGCAGUGUCAGACCAGGAUAAAGAGGCUGCGGGCCAAUUUCAGACACUUCCUGGAGGGCAGGAAGGGAGAGAAGCAGGAGUGCAAGUUCUUCGAGCAGCUGGUGCAGAUAUUUGGAAGCAAGUACAUGAUGACCUCCGACCCCGUGGCUGAGGAUGCAGCUGACGUUGAAGGUGAGCGAAGGGAACACUGUUGUACUGUUGAUGUCACACCUGGGGCUUGGACCCCAGGUUGGGAACCAUGGCAGUAGAGGAAUAACUGCCAACUAGUCCCCUUUCUCUGACGUGCCAAUGGUAAAAUAACAACAAACACACAAACGGCAAGUAAGAAAAGGCCACAAAAGAUCCAAAAAACAAAAUGUAACUGAUCUGAGAGACGACAAAGAAGAAAAGACUACAUCAAAUCCCAAAGCACGGACAAAUAAGUCUUUCUACGGUGUCUCAGAAGUGCAAAUCACAACAACAAAUAAACAGCCAAGAAGAAAAUGCCACAAAAGAUCCAAAAAAUCAACAUCAAAUAAAGAAAAUAUAACCAAUCUGAGAAACAACAAGGAAGAAAAGACAACAUCAAGUCACAAAAGCAAAGCCAAAUAAAUCCAGAAACACAACAAUGAGUUUAGCUACCAGGAAC